ACAGCGAAGGCAGACGCCUCCGCUAUAAACACUGGGAGCCUCGGGGCUGUUUCAGUCUCCAAGAGACCUUCCUCGCGAGUUGUUUGACGAGGUCCACCUUCGCAUUUUCCCAAAAGGAGCGAUUUUCCUUUUCCUCGCCGUUCACUACGAACACGCAGACACCGAUACAAGUGGAAAAUACUUCACUUCAUAAAUUUGAUAUGCGUGUGGUUGCAGCGUUUCUCUGGGCGGUGGCAGGGGCGGUGUGGGCGCUGGAGGAGGGCAGCGUGGCCAGCCCCUUCGAUCAGCACUUUCCUCCUCUUCACCCUAAUUGCACCCAGAGUCUCACAGACCUUCUCUUGUUGCGUCAAGAAGGCCAGCUUAAUGAAUCUGUAGGAGUACUGAAAGAGAUCCUCUCAGAAAUCAAAGGCUCCUUGACGCGCAUUGCCACGCCGACAGAAGCACCCUGCCCAGGCAACUUCGCAAGCAUCAGCGGAACUUGUCUCUACCUUGCCAAGGACGUCAGCGUAAAUUGGGAAGCUGCUCGGGUCUUCUGUCAGAACAUGGGAGGAGACUUAGCCGUGCUCCGAGACGGCAGCGCACUCGCGAGGGCCAUUGGAUACGCCAAGAGUUUUGGUCUCUCGCGCACUGCUAACAUAUGGCUGGGUGGAAGAGACCACAUAGUAGAGGGGGAGUGGAGGUGGGUCACUGGAGAAGACAUGCCGAGAGGAACGCCCUUUUGGGGGAUUUAUGAUUCGAAGAGGCAGCCCAGUGGAGGUCGAGGGGAGAACUGCGCCAUACUGUUUGGCCCUGAUGACUUCUUAAUCCACGACGCCCCUUGCGGAUGGACGUGUAUGCCUCUCUGUCAAGUCAAGCGGACUUAAGUGAGGACAUGUAAGCCUCCGACAAAUAAAGUCAAAUAAAGACAAAUAAAUAUCA